CGCCCCUUCCGAGUUCUGGCCGGCCUCAGGCGAGAAGUGGAUACCCGUGGCUGUGUAAAGGUUGGUAGGUCUGAUCAUGCAAAGCCCAGAGAGGAUACCCACCAAUGACAGGAAGAGCCGGCUGUGAAUGUAGAGGAUUCCCAAGUCCCAGUCUUGAGGAGGACCCGGCUGCUUCGUUGGCUGAUCCGAGAAGGCCCACUUCUUGUUCAAUGGAUGAUGGCAGUUGAGCAGAUACCAAAAAAGGAUUGGUACAGCAUUCUGGGGGCAGACCCAUCAGCAAAUGUGUCAGACCUAAAACAGAAGUAUCAAAAACUCAUAUUGAUGUAUCAUCCAGAUAAACAAAGUACAGAUGUACCAGCAGGAACAGUGGAGAAAUGUAUACAGAAGUUCAUCGAAAUUGAUCAGGCAUGGAAAAUUCUAGGAAAUGAAGAAACAAAAAAGGAGUAUGACCUGCAGCGGCAUGAAGAUGAUCUAAGAAAUAUGGGACCAGUAGAUGCUCAAAUAUAUCUUGAAGAAAUGUCUUGGAAUGAAGAUGAUCACUCUUUUUCUCUGAGUUGCCGAUGUGGUGGAAAAUACAGUGUUUCCAAGGAUGAAGCAGAAGAAGUUAACUUGAUUUCUUGUGAUACAUGUUCACUAAUUGUAGAAGUCCUUCAUUAAAACUAAAAAUUGUUCACUA